AGGAGGCUAAUGGGCAUCUUUAUGUUCUCAUGUUGCUCUUGUUGUUUCUCAUUUUUCUUUUUUGGGUGGUUGUGUGCUUGUCCCUCGCUCUCUUUCUCUCUCUUUUUCUGUGUGUGUGUGUGUCUGCAUGUUUCGUCAUGUGUUGCAAUGUCCCCCCUCCCCCCCCCUCCUCUUGUGUGUGUGGGGUUGGUUGGUUCCAUUUGCCCCUUGGCAUGGGCAUGUGCCAUUUUGCCAGCAGAAUUAUGUGGCUCUGAUGAUCAAUUGCGGGGCCACAGAAGAUUUGCGGUGCUUGCUAAAUGUUGGGAGACGUGCGCUCAUUUUUGUUAUUGAUAGCCAUCGGCCCAUUCAUUUACAGAAUCUAAAUCAAUACAAUAAGCAGGUUGUUGUUGUGUAUACAGAUGAGGACGAAGCAGAGCUGAACACAUCUUAUUCGUUUCCAGUUUCGCAUUUAGCAAAUAAUCCUGAAUCUGAUAGCGAGUUGGAUGAUUCAGACUUGGAAUCUGACGAAGAUGAGGAUGAAGACGAGGAGGAUGAAGAUGAUGAUGAAUUUGGUGGCCUGAGGGUCCGAGGUGCAAGGACUAGAAGAGGACAAGACACUGUAGAUAGGCAAGAGAAGCGAAGGCGACAGAAGCAGAGGGUAGAGUACUACGCUAGAGGGUCUUAUUAUGGCCGUCCAAGUGGAUGCAUCAUGUACGAUAUUGCACAUCAGCUGCGGAGAAACACAAACGAGCUACUUUGGUUAUCGUGCGUGUCAUUAACGGAUCAUUUCAUCCAUGAACGGUUGACGCAUGAGCGCUACCAGGCAGUCACGAUGGAGCUUGAGCAGCAGAUCAAUAGCUUAGGAAACCUUGAGGUUGUGACAACAGCGACACUGGAAGAUGGUACAAAAGUGCAUGUGCCGGAGGUUGACCGCAUCACGUACGAAGAAGAGCCUCGGUUAAUGCUCCUUCGGUUUUGGAGCUUGUUUGAAGCAAUGCUGCACUCGACAUAUGUUGCGACAAAGCUGAAGACAUGGAGUGAACCGGGACGGAAGAGGAUGAAGCUACUUCUUGUGGGCAUGGGUGUGCCACUUGUCGAAUCCUAUCAGCUCUACUUGCACAUGAAUCGGAAAAUCAAGAGACGAUUAAAAGAAGAGUUUGAAAGGCGGUCUCCUGAGUACGGCCUUACGGAGUUGUUUUAUAGAAGCUUCCAGAAAUUCUGCGGUUUUAAGUCACGGAUGUGGACCAGUGCAAACGAGGCCUCUCUCUGCCAAAUGAGAUAGAGAACUGGGGACCCUCUUGUAGGCCGCGUUCUGGUCCUAACAGAAAAAGUCUGUUCACAACACAUUGCAGCAGCUGGGAACUGGACAGGAUUUGACAGACUGGCUUGGGGCACAGAGGACGGUUUAGGGGAUGCUGGAAAGUACACAUGCCCAUGGAAUGCAGCAUGACUUCCUCUGAUGCACGGGGUUGUCUCCACUAGUGAUGUGUAAGUUUGUCCAUCAUCUCAUUGACGUGCUUAGCAUUGUCAUUGCCAGCGCUAUCAAAAAUC